AGAUAUAAAUGAUUCGAUAAACACAUUAAAUUGUGUAAAAAUAAGUUUGGUGUAAGUAUUUUGGAAUGAAAUAACUAUUUAUAUGUUCAUAAAAAAUCAUUUAGUUAGUAAUAAUCUUUUUAUAUUAUUUGUAAAAAUAUCACUAUUAGUAGCAAGUAUUAUGGAACGAAAUAAUAUUGAUCAACAAGUAAUAUUCCUGCAUUACAUUGACACGUAUACUUGGGGAUUCGCAUCUUUCCAGGUUCUACUCCUUUCUUCAUCUUCCUCUCUCCAACGCUGUUCGCAAUUUUCCCCCUUCUCCAAUAAAACAGCCGCAUUUUUUUUUACCGUUAAUUCAAUUCGACAUUGAGAAAUCUGUAAUGCUUCGUCUCUCUCUCCGCCGCAUUCGCCGCCGUCAAUACCCUCUCUCUUUCCCUCAUCCUGCCCGAUCAUUUUGCUCUUCUUCCAAUUCCCAACCCAGAAAUCCUUCACAAUCCCAGAAAAACUCAUAUCCAUCUUCAAUCCUCCAUGUCAAUCCACCCCCCACCUCUUCGCUUUCUCCCGUCUCUUCGUCUCUCUACCCUUCUUCUCGUACUGCAUCUCUCUCUUUCCUCGCCCUGACCGCCAUUGCUACUACCUCCUACCUUCUCUAUUCCAAUGAUAAUGGCAACGGCAACGGCAAUCGCAAUCUCUCUUCCGUGAUUGAAACUGCAAUCCACCGAUCAACUGAGUCAACUCACCGUUUAAUUCAUCGUUUGAAGAAUACAGGUGCUGCUGCUUCCGUGCUUUGGCAAUCGCUUCGCUCCGUGCUUUCGUCCGCUAAUUAUGAGGUGCGUUCGGGAUUUGAGUUUAGGGUUGCGGCUUUUUUGGCGGAUAUUGCUGCUGCUAAUGCUUCCCGGAGAGCUGCUAUUGUUACUGCAGGUGACGGAAAGGUAGUUGAUUGGCUCCUUCAGACGGUUUCAGGAGAAGUAAGUGGGACACAGGCAGAGGCUGCUAGAGCAUUGGCUUACUUGAUUGCUGAUCCUCUUGUUAGGCCUCAGGUUUUUGAGAGGCCUCAUUCUGUUCCUCAUCUUCUUAAAUUCAUUUUCUCUUCUCAACCUCAGCGCUUCAAAAAGAAUUCAAGAAUUUCUGAUUCAUUGAAAGGUAGGAGCAUGCUUGUUGCUGCUAUAAUGGAUGUUGUGACUUCCACUUGUGACAGUAAAGGCAAUGUCAGGUUCCAGUCAUGCCUUCCUGCAAAUGCUGAAAUGAGAGACAUUGCAUCAGCUAUUCAAGUAAUCGAAGGAGGUUUGGAUCUGGAUGAUCCACAUGCUGAAGAAGAUGACGAUGGCGGGAAAGGAUUGAAGGGCAUUGGUAUUAAAGUUCUUGGAGGGACAACUGUUAUAGGACUUUCUAGGACUAAUGGACUAGUGGAUUAUGUUGACGAUGAUACUUUAUCAACCAUUAAAUACAAUUCUAGAAGCCGUUUUUAUCAAAAAAAGAAUGAUAACUAUCUAACAGAUGCGAAUUUAUCUUCUGCUGUAGUACCUGGCCUCUGGGAUGAUUUACAUUCUCAGCAUGUUGCUGUGCCUUUUGCUGCAUGGGCAUUGGCUAAUUGGGCUCUGGCCUCGGAGGUUAAUAGAUUACAUAUUCAAGAGUUAGAUCAAGAUGGAAAUGUGGUUAUGACUGCCUUAGCAGCCCCUGAAAGAUCAGUGAGAUGGCAUGGAAGUUUGGUUGCUCGAUUGCUUUUAGAGGACAAUAAUGUUCCAUUAAGUGACUCUGUUUUAGACUGGAGUUCUUGUCUUCUUUCAACAAUAUCACAAGCUUGUAGAACUGAUGACAUACCUCUGGCAUUGGUGGCUUUGUCUGCAUUUAUGCUUUCUGUUGAUAAGAGUCCAGGAGCGAAGAAAGUCGUUAUGGAGAAAGGUCUUGAUUUGAUGAGAGAAACUGCUAAAAAGACAACACAACAUAAGGAUAUCCAAGAAGCAUUGGCAAGAGCAUUAGAACUUAUUUGUACAGAUGAAAUUCAUUUCUCUCUUGAAGAAAGUCUUAAAUGGUCUGGUAUCCUGCUUUCCUGGGCAUGUGGUAAAUUUUCAUCAAAAAACACACGAUAUUCAGCAACGAAAAUUUUAUCAUGCAUCCUUGAGGAUUUUGGGCCAUCUUCUGUCUUAAUUUCUCAAGGAUGGUUAACUAUUCUUCUAAAUGAAGUUUUGGACUCCACCAAGACCGCAUCAUGGAAAGGAGCCUCUCAGCCAAAGAGCAAUACUGUGAAGACUCAAAUUGAUCAAUCCAACAUUCAAUCUGGUAUACAAAUUGCCAAUCAGCUGGCAACGUGUGUUGUUAAUAUAGCUGCAAAGCAAUUGGGGUUUGCCACUGGUCACACUGACAUAUUCCCCGUUGCUGAUCUUCUGUCCCUAGAACCUUUUUUGGGACCAUUUAAAAGCUUAAAUAAAGAUCAGAUCCCUAAAUAUGAUGCUGCAGACUUGGCAGUGGCGACCCUCAAGGGAAUCAAAUCGCUGACUGAAAUUUGUGCAGAUGAUAUUGUGAGUCAAAACAAAAUGGUUGAUUCUGGUGUUUUGUGCUUGUUGCGGCGUUUUUUAUUGAGUGAUGAUUAUGAAAGUCUUGCUGCCAUUGAAGCAUAUGAUGCAUCUAGAAUUAGGGAAGGACCAGAACAGACUAGUGAGGUUCAGGAUGAAUCAAAACCUGAUGCUAAUUCUCAAACAAAGGUUCGAAUCCCGCCAUCUGCUCACAUAAGGAGGCAUGCUGCUAGACUACUAACUAUCCUCUCAGCAUUGCCAAAAGUUCAAAAGACCAUUUUAGCUGAUGUAACUUGGUGUAAUUGGCUGGAAGAAUGUGCUAAUGGAAAAAUUCCCGGUUGCGAUGAUCCAAAAAUUCAAAGUUAUGCUAGAGCGACCCUGUUAAAUGUGUUUUGCCAUGACAAACGGGGCUCGGACUAUGGGAAGAGUGGUGGUACUGGUACUACGAUUGUGAAGGAUAAUCGUGUUUGGCCUCGCUAUGAGGACAUGGUAUUUCUGAUCAAUCCUGAAUCACCGCACUGGCAAUGCCCUGACAAACCUGUAUCGGAGAGUUCAAAUAAAUACUCCAGUGAGGAUAACGACAUGAGCUCAUACAGUCCUUCAGAGGGUAACUUUUCAGAUACAAAGGUCCCUUCUAUAGAUGUAAUUUUUGUUCAUGGUCUGCGUGGUGGGCCCUUCAAAAGCUGGCGCAUUUCUGAAGAUAAAUCAUCAACUAAAUCUGGUCUUGUGGAGAAAAUUGAUCAAGAAGCGGGGAAGCAAGGAACCUUUUGGCCAGGUGAAUGGCUCUCAGCUGACUUUCCUCAUGCCCGUUUGUUUACACUUAGAUACAAGACAAAUCUUACUCAGUGGUCCGGAGCUACCCUUCCACUUCAGGAGGUCAGCUCAGUGCUUUUAGAGAAGCUUGUUGCAGCAGACAUUGGCGGCCGCCCUAUCGUCUUUGUGACACACAGCAUGGGUGGAUUGGUAGUCAAGCAGCUGUUAUAUCAAGCUAAGGCAAAUAAUUUGGAUUAUUUUGUGAACAACACUGCUGGAGUUGUGUUCUAUAGUUGUCCUCAUUUUGGCAGCAAACUGGCAGAUAUGCCCUGGCGGAUGGGCCUUGUGCUUCGUCCUGCACCUACGAUAGGGGAGCUAAGAAGUGGAUCUCCAAAGUUGCUUGAGCUUAAUGACUUCAUGCGUCAACUUCAUAAGAAAGGCUUACUUGAUGUUCUUAGCUUUUGUGAGACCAAGGUGACUCCGAUUGUUGAGGGUUAUGGAGGAUGGGCUUUCCGCAUGGAGAUAGUUCCAAUUGAAUCAGCGUAUCCUGGAUUCGGAAACAUUGUGGUAUUAGAGUCAACCGAUCAUAUUAAUUCCUGCAAGCCACUCAGUCGUGAAGAUCCUUCAUAUACAGAGAUAUUAGAGUUCUUGCAUAAAGUGAAAGCUCAGCAUACAUGAAACGGAGAAAGGAUUUGUUACACUCAUUUAAGCCAGAUACAUCAAUUCUUUCCUUACAUAGUAAAGUGAGUUUCCUGAACCCGAAGCUCAGUAGAAGUGAUGAUCAUAUUCGUUGACGAUAGGAUAUGUUAUUGCAAUUUGCACGAGCUUCUCCUAUCCUAAAGACGGCCUUUUGAUGAAGGAACUUAAAGGAGUUGCUGCUAGUCGGAAAUGUGUGGUUCAGUCCACAGGAAGUAUUUGGUCAUUGUCAUUAAGGGUUAAUGUUCUCCAAUUUUAUGCUUUUUAGGCCUGCCCUUGUACAGUUGUAUGUUGUAAAUAUAAUGGGUUAUUUGAAAAAAAAAAAAAACUCAGCAUUCAACUGUAAAUGAUUUUUUUUUUCUUUUCAUGUAAUAUAUAUAUACUAUUAUACGCAUAAGAUUUAUUGUGGUUGGUUCAAAUGGAGAGUUUUAUUUUAUUUUAUAUAGAAAAGGAGUUAGAAAAAUCUGUAAUUGAUAGACUAUUAAACAUUUUGAUUAAUGGUACUAUAGGAGUUUGAAUUUUGAGUGUUAGAUUAGACCUUUAAAAAGGAUCACAAUAGCGAGAUGGGCAAUUGAGAUGUUUAUGCCAUGAGUUUAGUCUAUAAAGUGAACGGAUUUCAUGUGAACCAUAAUAACGCAAUUUUGAUAGUUAAAUUUUCUUUUAC